CAUGUGCUCAGCCUUUCUUAUAGCAAGUCAUUACUAACAUCUCUAGAGUCGCCGUCAUUGCUUUUUGAACAGUAUCUUCUGCAUGUCGGGUCAGCUUAUCGUCAUAUUGGGGAAAAGCAAUAAGCACGUUGCACCGAUGCAAUAAUGGAGGCAAAGGUGCAAUGGCUCACUCCCGCGGGUGACUUGGACGCACUGCUGAGCGGCGCCUCUUUUGGUAUGCCAUGGCCGAAAAACCUCUACCGGACCGGCCAAACGUUUGUUAUCCGAGGAGGCGGUCAGGAAUGGCCGCUUGCUUCACAGGAGAUAGCCUUCUGGCCUGAUGGAUCCCUCAAGUGGACAGCCCACUCCGUGAGCGGGAACAUAGAUCACUGUGAAAGCUAUGUCGUUAAAGCGGGCGAGGUCGACAAGCGAGUCGCCGUUGUCGUAGAUGGAAGCGCUGAGAGCCUUCAUGUGGUUAAUGACCACAGACUUGGAGUCAGAUUCGCAAAUCCUGGCAGCCCGUCUCUGCUUGAGGAGGUCUCGCUGAAAGGUCAGGUCAUCUGUUCUGGGGCCACAGUGAUUGCAUCAGUCGACAAUGCUGUCUACUCAACGGUCGUCAAAAAAGUGCAAAUCGAGAAUGCAACAUCUGACAGAGCUGUAGUCAAAGUAUCAGGCGUGGUUGUCUCAUCUGAAGGGCAGGAGCAUCUCCCAUUUGACGUCCGAGUUUGUAUAUACUCGAAUGCGCCGACUGUGAAAAUUGUGCAUACCUUCAUCCACGAUCUUGAAGCCAGUAAAGCACUCACAUCUCUAGGUAUUCGUUUUAGCGUACCUCUAAAAGGCGCAGAACUAUACAAUAGACAUAUCCGGCUGGGUGGCUCUAAUGGGGGUAUAUUGAAAGAAGAGGUUCAGGGUCUCUCUGGACUGAGAUUCGGUCCAACGGUGAAAAACAGAAUUGACCAAACAGCUGGUAAGCCUGUCGACCUGAAAGAGGAGGCGUGGGAAAAGACCGAGGUGCGAAGGGGACUCUCGUAUAUCCCAUCGUGGAGCGACUACACAUUAUCACAAUUGUCAUCGGACGGGUUUACUAUCAAGAAGCGGACCAAAGAGGGACAUUCUUGGGUCAAAGUCAACGCCGGCACCAGAGCCGACGGCAUAGCGUACGUUGGCUCAGCAAGAACAGGCGGCCUGGCUGUCGGCAUGUCUGAUUUCUGGGAGCGGUAUCCGACACAGCUAGAUCUGAACAACCUCACCAUACAUGAAGGAACCAUCACAAUUUGGCUCUACUCUCCCCUUGCAGAACCGCUGGAGACGAUGCCAUAUCAUGACGGGCUGGGGAUGGACACAUACGCGAAACAGCUCGAGGGCUUAAACGUGACAUACGAAGAUUACGAGCCGGGAUUCGCCACAGCAAACGGUAUCGCACGAACCAACAUCAUUUACUUGCGACCAUACGAAACAACACCAUCAAAUGCAGAGCUCCGCAACUUCUCAUCUUCAGUCAGAAAUCCUCCUCGCCUCAUCCCAAACCUAGAAUACAUGCACUCCACAGGUGUCUUCCAUGGGUGUUGGGCGCCCGACCAUCACGUCUUGAACUAUUCGCCGAGCGAAAAAGAAGAAACGAUUGAGAAGAAUCUAGAAUUUUUGUUCUCGUUCUACCAAGGUCAGGUCGAGCAGCACAGAUGGUAUGGGUUCUGGGACUACGGCGACGUGCAACACACCUAUGACACAUACCGACACGCCUGGCGGUACGAUGUCGGCGGUUUCGCCUGGGACAACUCGGAGCUGUCGACCGAUCUCUGGCUGUGGCUCUACUUCCUGCACACAGGACGGUCGGACGUAUUCAAGAUGGCUGAGGCCAUGACGCGACAUACGGGUGAAGUUGACGUAUAUCACUCUGGAAGAUUCAAGGGCUUCGGGACCCGUCAUGGCGUGCAGCACUGGAGCGACAGUUCGAAGCAACUCCGCAUCUCGAACGUGUUGUUUAGAAGAAUCUACUACUAUCUGACUGGCGACGAACGAACGGGUGAUCUAAUUUCGGAACUGCAGGACUCCCAGCUCGCUCUUUUGGGUCUGGACUCGCAUCGUAAGGUGCAAGAGCAUUCCGGAAUUCCAGAGGGGUUCGCCAUGGCCAACAUCGGUCUUGAUUGCGGACCACUGGCUGCAGCCUGGUUGAGUGCUUGGGAGAGAAGGACGGAAGGGUGGGUACGAGCACGAGAUCUCCUGAUCAAAAUGUUGGAAGGAAUCUCUAAUUUAACGCAUGGUGUCGGUAACAACGCAGUCUUGCUGAAUCCCUCAACGGGUGAGAUACGAGGAUGUCCACCACCCACGCCAAGAUACGCGAUUUCGCACCUGUCGAUGUUGUUCGGCUUUCCCGAAAUCUUUACGGAACUUCUAGAUUAUGCGAAGGACGAGUACCCAGCGGUUGUCGCCGAGUUUAUGAAAGUCUGGCUUUCCUACUGCCGAGCAUAUAAUGGUGGCAGCGAGAUACAGCUCAAUGAAUACGGCUUCGAGUUUCCUGCCUCUGCGGGUUGGAGGCAAAGUCAUUCCACCAUCACAGCCUUCGCUGCAGUGAAAGAAAUGAGCGAUGAGCUGGCCACGGCAGCUUGGGACCAAUUCUUUAGCGGUGCGGGUUUUGGAAACAAUAGUGGCGGAUACGACAACAGCCAUGACUGGACUGUGACCAAAGCUGUUGCUCCCGAGUACUUCAACGAUGGGCAAGAAGCGUCGUGGAUCACGACGAACGAGGCUGCUCGAUAUGGUGUUUCCGCACUUUUCAAUUUAGCCAACAUCAGGAGAUAUAUUUAA